AUGUGCAUCUGGGCUUUUGCAGAUGAAUGUCACAUGAAUUUCUGGGUUGUACUUGAAGAUUGUUCUUGGACGUACUUCAGAAUGUUCAUGGAUCAGAUCUUCUUUGAAAUCUGUCUUGGAACUAGUGCAGAAUCUCAUAAAGUGGAGCUGUCACUUCACUACCAUGCUUUAGGGGUUUUGGCCCCAAGGGCUUGGUUUGAUAGCUUGAAAGAUGCUCUCCUAAACUGGGGUUUUCAGAAUACUAAAAGUGAUUCGUCACUCUUCAUUCUCAAAGGUACUGACCAUACCACUUUUCUACUCAUUUAUGUCGAUGACAUAAUUGUAACAGGUAGCAACACCAAAUUUCUAGAGGCUUUCAUUAAGAAACUCAAUGCAGUAUUCUCCCUUAAAGAUCUUGGACAAUUGCAUUAUUUCUUAGGCAUCGAGGUGCAAAGAGAUGCAGGAGGGUUGUAUUUGAAACAAUCAAGAUAUAUAAGUGAUUUGCUCAAGAAAUUUAACAUGGAGAAGUCAUCACCUUGUUCAACACCUAUGGUUACCGGGAGACAAUUCACUAUUGAAGGAGAACCAAUGGUAGAACCAACUAUGUAUAGACAAGCCAUAGGUGCCUUGCAAUAUCUCACCAACACACAACCAGAUAUUGCAUUCUCUGUGAACAAACUAAGUCAAUAUAUGAGCUCGCCCACUACUGAACAUUGGCAAGGAAUAAAGAGAAUUAUGAGAUAUCUACAAGGCACAACAAACUAUUGUCUACAUAUCAAGCCUUCCACCGACUUAGACAUAAAUGGAUUUUCAGAUGCUGAUUGGGCUACAAGUAUAGAUGACAGAAAAUCCAUGGGAGGACAUUGCGUUUUUCUUGGUGAAACAUUAAUCUCUUGGUCCUCAAGGAAACAGAAAGUUGUGUCAAGAUCGAGCACGGAAUCCGAAUACAAAGCUCUAGCUGAUUUGGCAGCUGAAAUAACUUGGAUUAGAUCCCUCCUUAAUGAACUAAAACUGCCAAUGUCGAGGAAGCCAAUAUUGUGGUGUGAUAACUUGAGUGCUAAGGCACUUGCAUCAAAUCCUAUUAUGCAUGCUAGGUCCAAACACAUUGAAAUAGAUGUUCACUUCAUAAGAGAUCAAGUACUGAAAGGUCAAAUCACAGUGGCCUAUGUACCAACUGCAGACCAGAUUGCAGACUGCCUAACUAAAUCACUCACUCACUCAAGAUUCAACUUCCUAAGGGACAAACUUGGAGUGACUCCAUCACCAUCAGUUUGA